AUGAAAAUAUAUAUAUUACAAAAAUUUAUAUUUAUCUUAAUAUUUAUAGGUGUAGUUUUUUCAGUACCAUCGACUUUAAUCUAUACAAUUUCACAGGAUGAAUAUAAUAUUGGAAAUCCAUUUUCACCAAGAGAUUUGAUUAUAGUUGUUACAGAUAUUAGUCCACAACGAAUAGCUUUGAAUGGGUUGAAUUUAACUGAUUUCCAAGGCACUUCAUAUCUUACAUCACAGACAUCUUGUACACCGAUAUCUAUUUCUGCACCGUGCACCUACAACAUUCCACUGGAUAGCUACAAAUCUAUGGUACCUCCUUUCACGUUGAGAGGAAUGAACGGUGUCGAUAUUGUUCCGAUCGAGAUAAACUUCUUCAACGGCUACAACCUUAUAAACAAUCAGGUUGUGGAUUUCGCUCAGUAUCCCCAGAGGAUAAGACCGUACGGUAUCAACAUUUGUCAAGACAAAGAGAUAUUAACCAAGUAUAGUCCCGAUCCAUACGGAUAUUUACUCGGUACAAGCAAUUCGAGAGCAACUCUAUUUCAAGGUACAAGUGGUUCCGGAAGAUAUUUGAAUACCUAUAUCAACAUGGUCGGCAGUUCCUACCAAUUGAACAGCUCAUCUUCCUUGCUUUUUGGUAAUGCGGUAAUGAAAGGACAAGUAAUUUCAUGUAUAGAUCCUGCACCUUUUGAUUUUAAUAAUCAAACUAUGGUCUCUGUAAAUUAUAUGGCGCUACCAAAUCAACCAUAUACUUUAUUGGAUGUCAAUGCACCUAGUAGUAAUAUUAUAGGAUUCACUUCAAUCUCGGGAUUCAACACUUAUAUCAAUUUCUAUAGAGGUAUCGCAGGUUCUUCUUAUCGAUCGUUAUUGAUUCAGACAGCUAGUCAGCUUCCAAUCUAUAUACAUAUCGAUAGUUCAAGUCAUGCCUACACCAUGCCAACUACUCCAGAUGUCAGUAUCACUUUCACGACUCCAGUCUUUACAACCACUUCCGAUCCAACCACUACUAUCUACCCACAUUCUGUGUUUGCCGAACUAUCAGAGACUGUCGCAGUGAAAUGUAGUUUUUCGUUUUUAAAUGGUUCUGAACGGUUGGUAUCUGAAAUUAGAUUCUACGAUGAAUCGAUCCUCAAUUUACUGUAUAUUGGCAAAGAUGAUUUCAAAAAGAGUCCAAACUUUGAAGGUAUUCUCAAUAUUCCAAUUGGUUAUUCUCUAGGUCCAUACUAUUUCACCAUAGAUAUUGUUACAUACAGUGGAUCUACGAGACAAUUAAGUGGUUCAGUUAAUCUUUACCCAAAGUUCUCAGUUGUCCAAGGUGAAGUUAAUCAUGGCUAUGAUUUGCUCCACAAGAAUCUGUUAUCAAACUACACAUCGAUACCAUUUGUAUGGAGUCCAGCCAAGUUGGAUAUCUAUCAAUUGUUGCUCAACCAGACCAUACAAUCAAGAUACUCUUUUUCAUUCCCAUACGGUUUCUAUGGAAAUAAAAUCCAAGGUUCAUCAGUCAUUCCACUUCCAAUGCCAUUCGAUACUCCAAGAGCAGAUCUUCAAUACAAAGUUACAACUUAUAGUUCUUCCACUCUUUCCGUUUUUACCAAUAACCUUAAUUCUACAGCAAUUCUUACCGAUUGUUUGAAUCCAAUUGUUAAUGUUGAAAUAUUAGAACCAUCUAAAAAUAUUGAUAGAUAUAGAUUUUUAGUAAAUGUUACCGAUAACAAGUUGGGAAUAAGGGAGAGUUUUUGUAAUAUAUUAUUUGGUCCUUAUAGCUACACUCUUAAUUCAUCGAAUAGAAUUUCAGGAAAUGCUGUAGUAGGUCAAUAUAUAGUUAGCUCUGAUUAUUCAGCAGCAUACAGAUGUUCUACUCCAAUUGUAAUGGGAUGUUAUGAUAUUAGAAAUAAUUAUUUCGUUGCUCAGACCGACCAGAUGUGUGGAGACGUACCUUGCACUGACUUUGGAAUUGUAAAGCCGUCGCUCGCUUGUGAUUCCAGUAUGGAUCCCAUUUACUUUACUAGACUCUCUUAUUUCAGCUACGACUAUUUCGAUGCUGGAACUAUCACUUUCACCAUUGCCAUCUCAGGUGUCGUACAAUCCAAGUUCUCUGGUAAUGCAACACUAUAUUUCUAUGAAGAUGAAGCCAAUACCAUUCCAUUCUCCUAUAUUCCAAAUGGUGUUGCAUUGACAGCAAGUCAAAAUACUCAACCAACCUCUAGUUCCAACAUCUUGGUAUCCAACCCCGUAGCUUUACCACUUCUUCCCAGAACCAAAACCAUUUACUUUGGAUUGAAAUAUGCAAUUUCUUCAACAGGUCCAUCUUUUACUUUGAAAACCAAAGAUAUCGAUUACUUUGCCAAACAAGUUUCACAACUUUAUCCAAUUUCAAAGAUUGUGAUUAGAAAUUCAAAUUAUCAACCACUUCCCAGUAUAAAGAUGGUUGCUACACAACAAAAUCCAUCAAUUACAGCUCUUUAUACAACUGGUAAUUUCAGUUUAAUUAGAAAUGCUACAUUUGUUUAUGUUGAUGACUACAUCAUUUAUCCAAAAUACUUGUAUUAUUUCAAAAACGACAUUGCAAACAUAUUCACAAUACAGCUUGGAUCGGUUAGUGCUGGCAAUAAUUUUAUUUUAUAUUGUCAGUCGAUGUGUGAUCUCUAUGACAACUGUCAAACAUUCCCAAAGUAUACUUAUUUCACAAGUAUCACCAAUGCCACAGCACAAUCGAAAGCAUCAACCUAUCCAACCAUUCAGCAAUUCACUAUAAAUACACCCAACCAAAUAUUGGAUGUCAGUCAACUUACCAAUCAAUUCUCAUACACUUUUACAUUCACCACAACAACCGACUUGAAUCCAACCUAUCAAGGUCAAUCAGCCAAGCUCUAUAUCACAGAGAACGACUCUUACGAUUCAAUAGAAGCACUCUUACCUCUUCCUACUAAAUCUGGUGAUACCUAUGUAUAUAAUGGAUUUUUCACAUUGCCUUAUAGUUGGGGUCUUCGAGGUGUGAAAAUAUCGGCAUGGGGUUUCAUUGACACCAACCUGAAUGCCUUUGGAUUUGACAGUCUGAAACCCUCUGUUAUAGUUACAAUCAGCAACAACACUGCUAUUACAUCUGCAGUGAUAGAUUUACAAUCAAACUCAAUCAAAGUAACAGGAUCCAAUUUAUAUUAUUCAAUCUAUAAAUUCCAAGGUGUUCCAAUCACUCCAAUCUUUGAGAAUAGUUAUACUAUUCAUUUACCAUUGACCGGUAUCACCUAUAGUACAGAUAAAUUCCAUUAUCUUGAAUUUAAUAAUGAAUUCUAUAGAUUAACUACACUAUCUUGUCCAAUGAAUUGCAGUGGAAAUGGUGAUUGUUUAGUAAAUCAAUGUGUUUGUAAAGAUGGAUUCCAAGGAUUGGAUUGUUCGAUUAGCUCUACAUUUACAUGUAAAGAUAAUUGUACGAAUAGAGGUGAUUGUAUUGACCAGUUGUGUCAGUGUAAUAGCGGAUACUCUGGUGCUUCCUGUGAGAUUGAUAACACCCAAACAAAGAUAGAUAUGAAGUUGACAGAGGUAGCUGCUCAGACUACUCUGACCAACUUUAACAUUACUACUUUGAAUUCGAGUCAAGUCCUUACAGAACAAUCACGUUCAACCACUUACAACAUCUCGAUCUAUGCAAUCAACGAAAAGAAUUCAGACGAUGAUGUGGUUGCUUCUUUGGAUUUGAAAUGGCAAUUGGUGUCAUCGCCUUCAGAGAAUUCAACACUCUAUAAUCUAAUGAAUGCUCCGAAUUCAUCGAUCAUUUCGGUUAGAAUCGAUAAGUAUAUGGAGGGAGGCUCAACGGUUUGGGCCAAUCAAACAAUGAAAUUCCCAGCUGCAGCCAUUAAGUAUACUGUGAAUAUCACUGGUUAUCAAAUGCAAGGACCACUCAAUUUCUUGGAGGUGGUAUUCUCAACCGUUUCCUACGGAGAGUGUUCAGUGGUACAGGACAAUAAGAUUUCAUGGGGUGCAGCAUCACUCGAUGAUAUGCAUUACUUUGUAAUUCCACAACACCAGAUGCAAUGUUACGGUCGUUUCCCUAAUAGCUUGAUAGUCGACGGUAGAAUUACAUCGACAUCCAACAAGAUCAUACAGAAAUCAGAACCAGUUUUAAUUGCAUCACGUAUUCCAUAUUUCCAGAACAGUGCAAUAAUAGAUCCAGAUUUUUCAGUCCUGGUAAAUUACGACCAAGAGAAUGAAGGUGAUGGUGGAUGUGGUGGUGGCGGAUCCAGUAGAAAGCCUUAUGUAAUUCCAUUGAUAGUAGUUGGAUGCGUCAUAUUUGUAACAAUAGCAGUUGUUUUUGCUGUAGUAUUACUUAAGAAAAACAUGUACAUUAGAGAAAGAAUAGCAGCAAUCAAAUCGAAAUCAAUUAAAAUGAGUAAAAGAACCAAUUAA